AUGGCGGGGGUUUUCUCGGGUAUUAGCGCGCAACAGCCUGCGGAGAGCAAUAUCGGGAUAACCCACCGAGCUUUCGUCGUUUUGGGGCGUCUCUUGCUGUCGGCCGUCUCUUUCGGCGACCUUUUGCCUGAUCGGUGCCCGGGCCGACCACUCAAAAUCCCGGCUACUCAACCCCAACCUGGAAGAGGCUCGCCUUGGCACAGCGCAACCAGAAGACAGCCCGAUCCCUCUUUGCGCUUCUGA